AUGGAGACGGAUGGAGAGCAGAACCAGCAGGGGGCCUCGACCAAUGGGAGCGCUGCAUCUGGGACGAGCUCCCGCCCCUCUCAGAUGAAUUCCAUGUCUCUGUAUGAAAGACAGGCGGUGCAGGCGCUGCAGGCGUUACAGAGGCAGCCCAAUGCCGCUCAGUACUUCCAGCAGCUGAUGCUGCAGCAGCAGAUCAGCAACGCGCAGUUACACAACCUGGCAGCCGUGCAGCAGGCUCCGGGAGUUUUUGCUGGGCUUUCCCCCCGGGGAGCCGCCGCAUCAGCUCUCCGCAAUGAGUCUCGUGUUAAGCGCCUGGCAAAAUAUAAGUACUCUGCUUCAGCCAAUGACGACGACGGCCCCUCCCCUCCACGGCUCCAGCCAAUCAGAAACCACGCUUCCUUGCUGACGACCAAUCACAGCGAAGCGGGCCUCGUUGCUCCUCCCCCCGUCUCCUCCUCCUCCCCCUCCCCCAUGCUGACAGUGUCCCGUGCGCUGUGCCAGGGCGAGAGAGCUCCUCCCCCUCAAGCCGUGGUGAAACCCAACGUCCUGACGCACCUCAUCGAGGGCUUCGUCAUCCAGGAGGGGGCGGAGCCUUUCCCUGUGUGUGGGUCGGUGAAGGACGCGACUCUAACCGGCAACGGUCCGGACGCCAGCCAAUCGGAGGCGGUUACCACGGCGACAGUGCUGAAGUGUGAGUACUGUAAGAGCGUUGCUCCCGCCAGCCAGUUCAGAGGCACCAAGAGGUUCUGCUCCAUGACCUGUGCCAAGAGGUACAACGUCAGCUUCCGGCAGCACUUCUGCAUGCGGCCGGGUCAGACUCAGGGUCGGGGUCACAGUCAGGGUCGUGGACAGCUCCCCAACUCGGACGAGGAGGGGGGCGUCGCCCGGCGGAGGGUCCCCCGCAGGACCAGCUCCGAAAUAGCCAGCGCCAAGAUAGCGGGGAGCGCCGCCCCGGCCAAGCGCCGCUCGGACUCCAGCCGCUCGGACGAGGAGUCCAGCGGCGAGGAGGAGGAGGAGGAGGAGGAAGAGGAGGACGAAGACGACCCGGUAUCCCUGUCGUCCGCCUCGUCGGCGUCCUGCCGCCCGCCGCCGCCGCUGCCGGCUCCGCCCCCUGCGCUCCAGGCGGAGAGCUCUGCGCUCGCCGGCCCCACUGGCCCCGCCCACUGGAGCGUGGAGGAGGUGUCACAGUUCAUCUCCUCGCUGCAAGGCUGCGAGGAGGUCUCCUCCCAGUUCCAGUCCCAGGAGAUAGACGGACAGGCCCUGCUGCUGCUGAGGGAGGAGCACCUCAUGUCCACCAUGAACGUGAAGCUAGGCCCCGCCCUCAAGAUCGUCGCCCACAUCAACGCCCUGAGGGACUGAGAGGCAUUCAAAGACCAGCCCUAAAUCUCGAGAUCCACACACCGGUUGGGAUCAGAGUCCC